AUGAGUUUAAAAUCCACUGAACUAAAUCACUUUUGUAAAGACAAAAAUUCUCAAAACUCAGGUGUUGGAAAAUCAGCAAUAAUUCAGAGAUGUAUUCGGGACGAUUUUGAUUUGAAUUAUGAAAAUACUGUAGGGGUCUGUUUUUUUAAACACGAUAUAAACGUAAAUGGAGAAUAUUAUACAUUGAAAAUAUGGGACACUGCAGGACAAGAAAGAUUUCGUGUUAUUUCACGUCUCUAUUAUCGAGAUGCCAAAGGCGUUAUUAUAGUUUAUGAUAUUACUCUAAAGGAUAGUUUCGUCGCUUUAAAAAAUUGGGUCAGAGAAGUACGACAAAUGGCACCUCCCAAUAUAGUGAUUGCAAUUGCUGGGAAUAAAAGUGAUUUAACAAACUGUAGAGCAAUAUCAUACGAUGAUGGUCAGAAAUAUGCUAAUGAAAUAGGAGCUUUAUUUAUGGAAACUAGUGCAUUAACUUCUCAAAAUGUGAAAGAACUAUUUUAUACAAUGGUCAAUCGGAUGUCUGACAAAAUUCGAGAAACAAAUACUGAAGCUACUCCUUUGAUAAAACUAAAUCCAAAGCCUAGAAAAACUUGUUGCUAAUGUUGUAAAUUAGUGUAAUAUUCUUUUCAAAAUAAUCAGUGGAAUAGGAAAUGAUUGCAGUAAUUGUGAUAUGUUAUUUAAUAGUAUUCCUAGCUUUAUAACAAAAGAAUAAUAUGUGAAUAGACUGUCUUUCAUCACAUCAAUAACAAAUAUUCAAUUCUGUUAUCAAAGAUAAUAGAAUUUUUUGUUAUUUUUCUAUUUCAAAUAAUAUACUUCAAAGCGUGUGUAUUCGAAGAUAGUUAUUCUGUUAAGAAAAGAUGUAAUAUUUUAUAAAAAAUGUGAUAAUUAUAGGAUUAUUUCUUGAAAGACACAGCAAACUUUAAACAUUUUAUUUAUGUUUUUUUACAAGUAUAAAUA